CACUCAUUCUCUCUCUACGCCUUACAAAUCUGUCGAUCCCCCCAUCGAAAGCCCUCGCUCUCUCCCCCCUCCUCUAAAUCACCCAGCUUCCCAAUCGCAGAGAGAUUCUUCACCUUUGAUUCAUCGUCAUCUUGGUUUAUGAGCUCGAAGGAGAGACCCACUCUCGGAGGCACGCGGAUUAAGACCCGCAAACGGAAUAUUGCAGCUCCACUGGACCCUGCAGCAUUUGCUGAUGCAGUGGUCCAGAUUUAUCUGGAUAAUGCUGGUGAUCUGGAACUUGUUGCCAAGAGCAUUGAAUCCUCAGACCUUAAUUUUUCAAGAUACGGUGACACCUUUUUUGAGGUAGGCUCCUUAAUUCUUUGUACAAUUUGAUAGAUUUUGAUGUCUUAUAUCAAAAAGAAAAAAUGGCAGUAUACUACAUUUGUUUU